AUGGACCAUUCUGGCCAUUCACCUGAAAGUCGAGGUUAUCCCGAUGAGUCACCAGAGGAAGCGCUUAUGGCGUCCUUUCGAAUCGCAGCUGAGUCUGUUGCUCAGCUUUAUAAAACUUCUCUGAACCAUACAAAGCGUUAUGAUAACGGUUAUGAACAGUGUCUACAAGACUUGUUUGAAUUUGUUUCAUCGCAUCCAAACGUUCAACAAAGACAGCAGACAAGUAGUGGUGACGGUCGGGAUGCGCUCAUAUCUGUCGAUGAUUUAUAUAAUUUCAUUCACUCAAAAACUGAACGAACUCGUGACGAUGCCAUGAACGUGCGCCAUCAACCCCAACAACAAACGCAACAUUUCGUACAAACGCCACAGCAAAUAUCUCCUUUUCAAGCAGCUACCACACACAUACACUCUAAUUCUGGUGGUUCGCCGGCGUCGGACAACAUCUUUGGGACUGAUCAUGACCAAUUUAACUUCUCUUUUCAACCAAAUAUUAUGUACCACCCCAUUCAACACGAAAUUGACUGUAUUGAUACAGGACAGGAAGGUGGCAUUGGUAUUCUGGCUAGCAACGAUACUUUAAAAAGACGAUUUGGUAGUUCAACAGAAUCGGGCUUUUUUAGUCGUUCAAUGCCUUGGGAACAUCCGCUCAUCGAACCGCUAACUAAGAAGGGAAGGUUUCGCAAGGAUGAGUGA